AUGGCCGCUUCUUCUGGCCCUCUACUGAAUGGCGUUCUCCCGACCUCUCUGCAACCCGUCAAUGAGGCCUUGGAAUAUGAGAAGAUACUGAGGAUUCGCGACGAGGUAUUUUCUGGAAGUCAUCCUAGAUUGACAGUGCCAGCCCAUGCCAUCCGAGUGCCUGCUUCUCAGACCCCAUCAACCCUUUCUCAAACUCAGUUGAAUGUACCUCCUCCAUUUCCUCCAAGUGCUUCUCCAAAUCAUCUUGGAGCUGCGACUCAGGGAAAGCGUGAAGAUGAGACCACCCCAGCUCAAACAAAACCAAACGGUGUUUCUGUCGCAACUGCCAAUCAACCUACCAGUAAUGUUUCUGAGUUUGACCCUGUCCUUUUGACAAAGUCGGAUGAUCUAGUUCGGGCCGAAAUACAGCUGAAGCGACAACGACUUGAGCGAGCAUUGAGAGAACAAUUUGAACAUAGAAAAGCAGAUGCCCGCAAGAAGCCUGCGCCUGCCGAGGCGAAACCGGACUUUGACCUACCAGCCAUCUUUGCCAGAGUGACGGGCGCCGUCAAAUCCCCGUCUUCCAAGGAAGAUGUCGAUGCGACAGACUCCUUCGACGAAGAUGCCUACUACUCUAGCAAAGCCCCCGAUUCGACGCCCGAGAGACCGCCUAGCGACUCUACCGACGACGCUGAUGAAGAGCAGGCGGACGAGCCUUCGGGCGCACGCGUCGUCAGCGCCGUCAUGGGAGCCCCUUUGUACUCUGAUGCUGCUGAUGGUAUCUCCGCUCAAGCUGCGCCUCCUGCGCCCCUUGCCGUCCUACCUCCAAAAUCUGCAGCCCCCGUCGAUACUGCCGCAAUGGACAUGGAUGAGGAUGAAGAGGAAGGAGAGUAUUCGCCCCCAGAAGCCAUGGUUCAAUAUCCCACACCCAAGGUCACUCAAGCACAGGAAAUGCAGGACAGUAGAGAUCCACGCGGUCGUCCCCUGCGCAGAUACUCGGAGCUGGAAGACGGUGGGGGAAGGCCCGGUUCACCCUCGGAAGCCAACAUGCGGAUAGUAAGAAACCAUAUCACCUCUCCCAUUUGCCCUCAACCGUCUCGUGUCUCGCCUCUGGCUAUAACUAAGGAUUCCCCUCUAUUACAGAAUGCACGUCCCCGCCGGAAACAAUGGAUUGGAAGACCAGGAUCUCCCACAAGUCCUGAUGAUAUGCAAGCAUUACCACCCAAGAAAAAGAGAAAGCUUGAGGCUCGUGAGGCUCGCAAUGCCCGAAAAUCCCGAAGAAACGGUGGAACGUCUCCAGAUGGCCUGAUCAAGGAAGAAGAUGUCUCCCCACCACCGUUCCACGACGUCCAGCCACUUGGUUCUGGCAGAUUCCGAACCAGCAGAGCGGAUCAGCCCAUUGUCAUUGAUGAGGAUCCAGUCCAAGGAGGACGUUACAUGCCCCCUCCUGAACGGUAUGUGGAAUCUCCCUCGCGACUACUUCCGCGCCGGGUUGAACAGUUGAUGCCUUUGAGUGAGCCCCGCCCACUGUCCAGGGCGAGUGUGAGACCAGCGCGAGAUGACCAGGACUUGCGCCGCGUGGCAAGCAUGCACAGUCUGCGAGCAGAGCAGCCGCGAGAAUACGUCGACCAGUACUAUGAAUCGCCUUCUCGCCCACGUGCCGUCUCUUACGCCCGAGUGGAAAGUCCUGCCUUGGUGGAACCAGGUCGGCCCCCUCGUGAGGUUGCAGUGGAGUAUGACCAGCCUCCUCCGGAGGUGAGGGUGGUGCGCACACCUGCACCCGUUUAUCGCGAAGUCUACGAUGAUCGCGACGGGACUUAUCAUCGUUAUGCCGUCGAGCCUAUGCCGCCGCCGCCGCCGCCUCCCGUUGAACGGAUCGUCAUCGACCAGUACGGCAGGAGAUUCCGCGAAAUUAUCCAGGAGCGGCCCUCGGUUGUGCCUCGAGCAAUGUCAGUUCGAGGAGCUGAGGUGGAGCCGCGCUACGAAGAAUAUCCCCGUCAAGCCCGUGCAGGCUCGGUCUUCGUAGAGGCAGCGCCAGAAAGAGCUUAUCCUUCCGAAAUGCCUCCGCCACCGGUCUCAUACCACCGUCUCGCAGAGCCACCUAGAAGUUCAGCUGUACCCGGGUCCGCCCCUCGAGAAUACCUUGAGCCGGCCCCACCAAUACGAAGCUCUAGCGUCCAGGUGAUGGAUCGCCCAGUACGACAACCCGUAUACGCUGAUGAGCGGACCGAGUUCCGCGAGCCCGUCCGGAUGGGGAGCGUGCGGCCACCGCCAGCUUUGCGAUACGAAGAGCCUCUACCGGUGGAAUUCGUGACGCGAGGUCAGAGUACGCGCCCUGUCGGUCGCGAAGGUAGCGUCUUUGUGGACGACAGGCGGCCCGUCCUAUCGGAGUAUGUUCCUGUAGAACAACCUAGAUACCGCCCAAUGGAGCCAGAGAGGAGGUAUGUCGAUGCCGAAGACAGGGAGAGACUCACCUUGGACGGAUCAAUGGAUGGGAGACCGCGAGUAGUGGAGAGGUACUGA